AUGUCUUCACCUUCGAAAAGGCGCCAAACGCCGAGGCGGUCAGCGAGAAACUCGGAGGCGCCCAGGAGCAGCAGUCCCGUCCCAGGAGCUUCCCAGGGCUCGCAGGCUGGCGCGACACCCCGGGCUACUCGCCAAAGUCAACUAGCCUCGAGUCCUUUGUUCUAUCAGUCGUCGUCGCCUGCUAGGCGCGGCGGCAGCCGAAGCCAGGACAACGAUGUUUCGUCUCCUCUCCAACAUGAUACCCAGACGACUGGCAACGGUAUCUCUGAGGCGCCAAGCUCGCCCCUGAGGCAAAUGAGCGAUACUCAAUCUAUGGGUGAUCGCACCCCUCGUGCCAGUGGUGCACUUGCGGGCCAGUCCUCUCCCAUUCGAUAUGACCCUAGCUCCAGCCCUGGUCGCUCGUCGACGCGCCAACACUCUGACCUUCGUAGUGAGAGCAGCGGGCUUUUUGUUAGAGCCGGCCCUUCGAGCGGGCGCGCUUUCCGCGGAGAUAUCCAUUCAGACCUUAAUAUUGCCCGGACACCUCAACCGCCCAGGAGAGUCAUUCUCGAUGAUGUCGGCCGAGUCAUUCAGGAGGGCCCCUCGGAGACGAGCACUUUCGGCAAUAGGGAUCCUACAACUUCCGAGGCGGAUGUCCUCGGCGGGGCUGGCCACGGCGUUGUCUGGGGUACCACCGUCUCGAUCGAGGACUCGUUCAUGUCCUUCAAUGACUUCCUACGCAACUUCACCAAGAAGUACCAAAUGUACCGUGAUGGUCUGUCCGAUGAUGAGAUUAGGGCUUCCGCCGAUGCUAGUUCGAAACCCUACCUCGAAGCUCUGGAGACUAUGCUCUUGCUCGGCACUACGAGACUGUAUCUCGACGUUGGCGACCUGAAGCUCUACCCACCCACACGAAAACUGUAUCACCAGCUCAUUCUCUAUCCCCAGGAAAUCGUUCCUGUCAUGGAUCAGGCUGUGAAAGAUACGGUUCUUGAGCUCGCAACGAAAGGUGCGCUCAAGGAUCGUUCGCAAAGCAGCGCCGGCCAGUUGAACCCCAGCCAGAGCUCUGAACCAGUGUUCCCCAGCUCUGACCAUCCUGAGCCGACUCCCUCUUCCAGGGGGCUCCAUCCGUCCGUUGAGGAGCAGAUUGAAAAGACGACUUACGUUGUUCGGCCUUUCGGUCUUGAGAAGACGACCAAUUUGCGAGAGCUCAACCCCUCCGAUAUGGACCAUCUCAUCUCCAUCAAGGGUUUGGUUAUCCGAACGACUCCAGUUAUCCCAGAUAUGAGGGAUGCUUUUUUCAAAUGCAAUAUCUGCGGUCAUACAACCAAUGUCGAGCUUGAGCGUGGCAGGAUCAGGGAGCCGACGGAGUGUCCUCGCCAGAUCUGUGCCUCCAAGAAUUCGAUGCAGAUCGUCCACAACAGGUGCGAGUUUAGUGAUAAGCAGGUCAUCAAGCUUCAGGAGACACCGGAUAUGGUUCCUCCUGGCCAGACCCCUCACUCCGUUUCAGUCUGUGUAUACAACGAGUUGGUCGACUUCUGCAAAGCAGGUGACCGUGUCCAGAUCACUGGUGUUUUCAGGGCUAGCCCUGUGCGAGUUAACCCUCGCCAGAGAACUGUCAAGAGCGUCUUCAAGACCUAUGUAGAUGUCCUUCACAUCCAAAAGGUUGACAAGAACCGACUUGGUGUCGACCCGUCCACGCUGGCCGUCGAGGGCCAUGAGGCCGAAGAACAGGCUACCAGCAACGAAGAGAAUCUCAUCCCCGAGACCCGCAAGGUUACCCCGGAAGAGGAAGAAAAGAUCAAGCAGACAGCGGCUCGGGAGGACAUCUACGAGCUGCUGUCGCGGUCUUUGGCCCCCUCGAUUUACGAGAUGGACGACGUCAAGAAGGGUAUCCUUCUGCAGCUCUUUGGCGGCACCAACAAGUCGUUCGCCAAGGGCGGGAGCCCCCGCUACCGAGGUGACAUCAACGUUCUCCUGUGCGGUGACCCGUCUACGUCGAAGUCGCAGCUUCUCUCGUACGUCCACAAGAUUGCCCCCCGUGGUGUCUACACGAGUGGAAAGGGUUCUUCGGCCGUGGGUUUGACGGCGUAUGUCACUCGUGACCCCGAGACCCGACAGCUGGUCCUAGAGUCUGGUGCCCUCGUCCUGUCCGACGGAGGUGUCUGCUGCAUCGACGAGUUCGACAAAAUGUCCGAUGCCACGCGAUCCGUGCUCCACGAAGUGAUGGAACAGCAGACCGUUUCGGUUGCCAAGGCUGGCAUUAUCACUACCCUUAAUGCUAGGACUAGCAUCCUCGCAUCAGCCAACCCCAUUGGCAGUCGAUACAACCCCAAUCUCCCUGUACCGCAAAACAUUGAUCUGCCACCCACGUUGCUGUCUCGAUUUGACCUUGUCUACCUCAUUCUUGACCGCGUGGAUGAGAAGAAUGACAGGCGCCUUGCUAAGCAUCUGUUGUCCAUGUAUCUGGAGGAUACCCCUCAACAUGCUCCAUCCAACAAUGAAAUUCUGCCUAUCGAGUUCCUCACUUCCUACAUCUCCUACGCAAAGGCCAACAUCCACCCCACCAUCGAGCCCGAAGCCGCUCGAGAGUUAUCCGACUGCUACGUGGAGAUGCGCAAGCUCGGCCAGGACGUCCGCGCCUCUGAGAAGCGCAUCACGGCGACGACGCGUCAACUCGAGAGCAUGAUCCGCCUCUCAGAAGCGCACGCCAAGAUGCGACUCUCCACGACCGUGACGCGCGCCGACGUGCGCGAAGCCUACCGCCUCAUCCGCUCGGCGCUCAAGACGGCGGCCACUGACGCCCAGGGCCGCAUCGACAUGAGCCUGCUGACGGAGGGCACUAGCGCGGCGGACAGGCGCAUGAAGGAGGAGCUGAAGGCGGCGGUGUUGAAGGUGCUGGACGAGAUGACGGCGGGUGGACAGACAGUCAAGUGGAACGAUGUGGCGAGGAGGGUGGCGGAGGGCUCGAGCGUUCCAGUUGAGAAUGCCGACUUUGCUGAGUCGAUGAGGGUGUUGGAUAUGGAGGGGUUGAUUGUCGUGACGGGUGAUGGGGCGAGGAGGUCGGUGAGGAGGGUUACGGGUGUUGCUUGA